AUGUCUCUUGACGCGUUUAGCAUCGCAAGCUCAAAAACAUCCAUAGAUGUCUCUAUGCGUUCUCAAUCCCCAGCUCCAUCAGUAUUCUCCGCAACAAGUUCUUUACGAGCCCAAGCGUACAGACAAGAAUACGGACGAGGACUGAACAAUUAUUCAGAAGUCUACCGCUUACCAGCCGACGAUGAAGAACUUGACCGUUUGGACAGACAGCAUGACAUAUUUUGCAAAGCCAUAGGCAAAUUUCCACCACCCAUGCCCGAAAUCAUGGCAGAGGAUGAGUUUGAGGUCAAAGCUGUCCUUGACCUAGGUUGUGGCAGUGGCAGCUGGAUAAUGGACAUUGCGAGAGAAUUCCCAAAUGCAACUGCGGUAGCUGUGGAUCUCGUUCCCAUGCAGUCAACAUCCAUGCCCCCAAAUUGCAGAAGUGAAGUUGACGACAUUAAUCUCGGCCUGGAGCACUUUUAUGGCGAUUUCAACGUCGUCCAUACUCAAUUAAUUUCUUCCGGUAUUCGGGAUUACCAGGGGCUCAUUAACCAUAUCGCUCACGUCCUCCGACCAGGCGGUCUAAUAGACAUCACUGAAUUUCCAUUCCACUUUACUGGCAUCGAGAAAACAUCUAUCUGUCCCCCAGCGGGCACCUUUGAACCGCCGUGGACACCUCUAUGGAUGUCUUAUGCGAACAGAGCCGUUCGUCAACGGGGCGGUGAUGCAGACGCUUCCUUGCACAUGCACCGAUGGGUAUGCGAGCACCCGGCAUUCGAGGAUGUCGUGUACCGUGAAUUCUGGAUACCACUGUCCCCGUGGCUAAAGGGCAAUGACCCUAACAGUGUCUGGUGGAAUGGUAUUGGGACGACUAUGCGAGAUGACGUCAAAGCAUUCAUGAGAUCCGGUCGCCCUUUGCUCCUCGGCAAUGGGUUAUCAGAAGAAUUUGUGGAUCAACUGGAAAAUAAUGCAGUGGCGGAAUUGGAUGAAGCAAUCACUCCUGUUUACGUGUGUAUACAAAACGUAUAUGCCCGUAAGAGAUCUUGA